AUGCUCCAAGAGAGCUCGGAGAGCGAAGAGGAGGAAUCUGGUCCGAGCCCCCUGGCCAUCCCGCUGCUCCAGAGGUUCCCCCGGGCCCGUGAAACGGAUCCCGGAAUCCUGGCGCUCCCCCGAAACGGAAGCCGGCCGCGGGGACUGACCGGGGGCCGGCGGGCGUUGCGGGUGCCCGUGCCGUUCGAGGACGCGGCCGUCUAUGGACGGACGGCAGCAGGACCUCUCCCGGGACGGGGGAGCCCGGACACCGGGGGAGGUUUCCACGGGGCAGGCGCGGCCACCGGACCGGGGACAGACGGGAGCCCGGCCAAGGGCGGUGCCCACUCGCCCUUCUUCCCGCCGCGUGCGUCCGGGGGCGCGCGUUUCUUCGUGUGUUGGCGUGCGUGUUUCCGGGCGUGGGCGUACGCGCGUGUGCCGGCCGGCGGUCCCGUCCCCAGGCCCGACGUCACGUACCGGAUCGAGCGCGGAGAGGAGCCGUGGGUCGGAGACAGCGGCCACCGGGCCCCGAAGGACGCGCCGGCCUGCUCCUUCGUCGCGCUCUCGGAGCAGGAGGUCCCAGCGGGGGCGGACGGCGGAGCGCCGCCUUUCCGGUACGCCGCAGGAUGUGACGCCCGUCAGAGCAUCCGGGAGGCCCACGGGCCACAGCCCCACCCCGGCACCCCCCCGGGCGCCCGGCCCUUCCCCUGCCCGGAUGGCGGCAAGCGAGUGAGCCGCGGGGAGAAGGUGGCGGCCCCCCAGCGCCGGCCCCACGCUCGCCCGGAGAACCCGGCCGCCCACCAGAAGACCCGCGAGCGGGAACCUCCCGGGCCAGGACUCCUCGAAGCCGAGGCUGUUCCCCCGCGCCCCGUGCGACAGGCUCUUCGGCCGCCACGCGGACCUGAUCCGCCACCAGCGGGUGCCCGUCGGGGACCGGCACCUCCCCUGCCCCGAGCGCGGGAAGCGCUUCUGCACCAAGACCAAGCUGGCGCGCCACCAGACCUCCCGCCUGGACGUCCGGCCCUUCGCCUGCCCGCACUGCGCCGGGACCUUGGGCCGCUAGGAGAAGCGGGAGCGGCCGUUCUCCUGCCCCGAGUGCGGGCGGCGCCUCCCCUGGAAGAAGCACCUGGUGGCCCACCGGCGCGGGCACGGCGGCGAGCGGCCUCACACCUGCGCCCGCUGCGGGGAGCGCUUCGGCCGCAAGAGGAAGCUGCUCCUCCGCCAAGCGGCCCACGAGGGGAAGGGGGCGGGCCUCCUCCCGCCCCCCCCGGCGCUCCUCCGUGGCAGAGGGCAUUGCCGGACCGCAGGCGGGAACUCACCCGGCCCCAAAGGGGGCAUGCGGGCGAGCGGCCCUUCGCCCACCUGGCCGCCCACAUCCCGGUGCACACGGGCGAUCGGCCUUCCCCCCGCGCCCGCUGCGGGCAGAGCUCCAUCAAGAAGGCCAACCUGCAGUGGCACCGCGGAGCGGCGGCGGGAGAGGUCAAAGGGCGCGGAGAGUCGGCAGAGCCGGGGGCCGGCCAUCGCCACGGGCAGCCGCCCGCUAUCUGCGCCGCUGCCGGACACCCAGGGGGCCAACCGGCCGGUCCCGCCGGGGCCACUCGCCUGGCUGAGGCUGACCUUCUGGGGCCAACGCGGAGGUUCCGAAAGGUUUCUUCAACUGCCUUUGGUCUCUGGAUUUUGGAGGACAGAAACCCUUUGGACUUUCCACUUCUGAGAAAGGGUCGGGGGCCCGGCGGGGAGAAGUGUCCCGUGGCAGAGACCCCGCUCUCAGAAUGGGCGUUUCACCUCGGCAUUUCUGCCCCAGCACGGCGAGGCCCAACACCUGCUCCACCCCCGUCUGCCCGAGAUACGCCUCCCCAGUGCGGUUUUCCACCCCCCGGGCCCGGGCGCCGGGAAGUCUCACCCCCCCAAGAGAGCUCCGGGGGCCGGUGGGGCAGCGAGGAGCCGUGUCCGGGAAGCGGAGAAACGGCCUCCGUCCGGGGCCCGGCGUCGUCCGAAGAGAAGCGGUCACCCCCGCUGCAACGCCGGAGGGAAGCGAAUUCGGGUCAACGGCUAUCGGGGGCCGGAGCCGCCCGGAGCGGAACGGCACCGGGAGCAGCCGAGAGGAACAGCCCCUCCGAGAGCAGCGGGGCUUGACGAUGGACCGUUCCCGUUCCGACGUCCACCUCGUGGCGUGCUUGGGAGUUGUAAAUGUGCCUCCCCGAUCUGGGUGUGUGAAUUUUUUACCUUCAUCCCACUCAAGUGUCCAACGUGGUAGUGGGAGAGCCAGGGAGGGGGGAGCAGCAAGCUGGAUGCGGAGCGGGGUUCAGUAGGAGAAAGGGGCCGAUUCUGCCGCUCGGUGGUUUCCUGGCCCCGGGGAGACCCUCCCCGCCGCCCCCUCCUCGCGCGUCACUUGUCAGCUCCUCAGCCCCGCGGGCCUCCGGGCCGGACCCGACCCCCAGCGCCGGCCUCGACGAAAGCAAGGGGGAAGGUCGCCAGGCGCAGACGCCCAAGCUUCCGAAGGCCCCGAGACCACGGGUGCCGCCGUCCCAGCGUCGGCUUCGGACGGGACGGGGGGAGCGGUCCCCCCUCCGACCGUGGCGACGGGAUCCCCGGAGGGGCCGGGAGACGUCCACCCGAAUGGUAACACCCCCGACCGGCCCCCCCCCCCCCACGUUGACCCUUACGGCCCCCCCGGGGCCACUUUCGCCAUCUGACGCUUCCCGUCUUCACAACUCCCAACUGUAAAAAAAAAUCUCAUGUGUCUACCACCCGCCCUGUGAAAACGUGUUUCUUUUUAUGUCACCUCCCGGCCCCCGACCUUCGGGCUUCACCGGGUGCUCCCCUUGACCCCCCGCCCCCCGCCAUCCAGGGCUUCGGGAGAUUUAUGGGGGAGCGGCACCCCACGGCCGUCCUGCGGGGUCUCGUAAAUUCGAGCUCCGUCUUCGUCCUCCCAGUCCGUCCUGCGGCAUCCCGGGAGUCCCCCGGAUCCUCCCGCUCGCCCGUCGGCUCGCUCUGCCGUGGCCCGCUUGAGACGCGAGAACUAGAACUUCAGUCGAUCGAUGGUAUUUAUUGAGCGCUUACCGUGCGCUGGGCACUGGGACCGAGCGCUUGGGAGAGCACAAAACUUCACACAGCGUUCCGGGCGUGGAUGGUCGUCUACAGGGACGGAUCCCGGUCUUCUCCUCUCCCCUUCCCCAUAACGUUCAGCGCGCGGCGGGCCUCUUUCCCCGCCGCCGUGAUCCAAGACGCCCCCGCUGACUCCGAGCUCUUGGCCGGGUCGCGACUGGCGGCUCGGAGCCCGUCCUGUCGGGACAGGGCUGAGUUUCCCGGGGUGUGAUGCCGCGGCUCUGCUCUCACCCACGCUCCCCACCCCCCCCGGCCCACGGUUCUUAGCCCCGUGACUGGGACCCCCGGGGGGGGCAGGGAUAGACCGGGAGGGGUGGGAAGGGGCCGGUUCCGGCCCCGACCCCAGAACGGAAGCCAGGUUUCCCGGGCUGGGGACCAGCAUUAAGCGAGUGAAGGCCGGACGGGGGAAGGCGCGUGUAGAAGCCAGGGUUUUUUUUUGUUUGUUUGUUUUCUUUUGAGAAACUCCCAGAGAUCCUUAUCCUUCUCCCCUCCCCGCCGGUUGGCAGAAAGCAAAUCCAGCCUCAGGGGACCCGGAAGCUCAGGGCAAGGGGGAACCGAGGCACGAGACGUGCGGCCUCUUCGGCCCCGGUGUCUUCCACGCGUUCGAAACGAGACGAGGUGACCGAGGCCCAGAGAAGUGAAGUGACUUGCCC